CUACGCGGUCCAUGUAAUUUUCGUAAAAAGGGGUACAAUGUUUUGCUUCACGUAUUAAUAUAUAGAUUAACAGAUUAGGUGCUUUAAAGUUUCCAGAUUGAUCUAAUCCUCUCAACAGUAUACUAACAGCAGUGCUUCAAGGAGCUAAUUCAAAAGGUAUUUUUGAUUCGAUUUAUAGCUCAGCAAUCGCCCAACAACAACGGCUCUGACGUUAUCUCAACAUCAGAUAGCGAUAAAAUUAGAUAAUAUACCUUUAAUAUCUUAAUUGAAUUAUUGAAUACAACGGAAAACCUCUCUAGUUAACAAAUUACGACUCCUAAGAUCUUUAUCUAAUCAAGAUUCUGGACUAAAAUAAAAGUAGUGCUAACAAAGUUUUUCCAGUCAUGAUUCAGACAAUGCUGUUGUCGAUUAGCGUUGCUCUCUUAGUGUGGAUGGGUGGUGUGAAGUCGGAUCCACUUGUGGACACUCCGGCAGGGUUGAUCAGAGGUUUGCAAUCAGUAGACGGAGAGUACUCUAUGUUUCUCGGUGUUCCGUACGCUUUAGUCGAUGAAAACAAUCCGUUUGGGAUAUCCUCGCCGCAUCCCGAUUUCAAUGAGACUUUCAACGCCAUAGACGAUUCUGCCGCGUGUCCACAACUAUCACCUAUCAACGACGGAGGGACUUUACAAUGUCUCCACCUGAACAUAUACGUUCCGAAGACAGCCACCCCCCGCAACCUGCUCCCCGUCAUGGUCUGGAUCCACGGUGGCGGCUUCAGACAUGGAAGCGGUAACUGGCGGGACUACUCCCCGGAAUUCUUAAUCAAGCAAAACGUGGUUUUGGUUUUCAUGAACUACCGCCUCGGGCCUUACGGGUUCAUGUGCUUGGAGGACUCGAGAGUACCAGGGAAUCAGGGUUUGAAAGAUCAGCAUCUUGCUUUGGAAUGGGUCAAUAGAAAUAUUAAUGCUUUCGGCGGGGAUAGCAGUCGAGUCACGUUGUUCGGCGAGAGCGGCGGCGCGAUCUCUGUCCAUUGGCAUUUGCUGGCGAAUCACGAAAAGCUCUUCCAUAAAGCUAUACUGCAGAGCGGGUCCGCUUAUAUGCCAGGCACAACGGUAAAACCGGACAACACAGUGCCUUUCAAAAUUGCCGCCAAAAUGGAUUUCGUGACCGAAAACCUCGACUUAGCGCUAUCGUUUCUCGCCAAACAAGACCCGCCUGUACUAGUCAGAAAUGCCAACGCUUUGGUAGACGAAGGCCUGAUCAAAUUGAGGCCGUGCGUCGAAAAAGAAUUCGAAGGGACCUAUAGAUUCAUCACGGAUUACGCCGAAAAUUUACAAGUCGACGAGAUACAGGAUAUCCCAAUGAUUUUCGGUUUCAACGAACGAGAGAACUUGGUUUACUAUCAGAGUCAGUUCUUGAAGGUUCCCCUGAAAGACAUCCUCGGCUUCGAUGACGAACAAACGGAAUACGUGAACAAGUUUUAUUUCGGCGACGACGGACCCGUUGAAACACGCGAAGAUGAGUUCAUUGAUAUGACGUCCGACUUCAAUUUCAACCAUCCGAUCGAGAGGAGCAUGAAACAGUUCACCGAAGCCGGCGUCAAGGACAUAUACUAUUACGUGUUUUCGUACGACGGCGGCCGGAACAUGAUGAAAAUAGCCCGGAACGUGACCGCGCCGGGAGCGACACACGGCGACGAAUUGGGCUAUUUGUUCGGCACUGAUUUGAUAACCGGAAUACCCAACGACGAAGACGUACACAUGAUAGAGAAAAUGACAACGCUUUGGGGAAACUUCGCUAAGUACGGAAACCCAAUCCCGGAGACCUCUCAACUACUACCCGUGAAGUGGACUAAGAUCUCCCAGAAUACAAGACCCUAUAUUAACAUAGACAGCGCCUUGGAGUCUAAGAACAGACCAUUUAAACAAAGGCUUACAUUUUGGGACCUAUUUUACGAGUACUACGAUCAGAAAUUUCAUUUAAAACACCUAAAUACUUGCUGAAGUCAAUCCUCAAUAUUAUCAUAUACGGUGGAGCGUUAUUUAUUUAUUUAUUACACUUCAUGUAAAAAUUAGAUUGGCGGACUAAAUGCCUAAGGCAUUCUCUACCAGUCAACC